UCCACGAUAUUGCAUUCUCAAACGAUAUUCUGCCUCCACGAAAUUUGUCUGUUGAGGGUUGACUGAGUAUUAUUGUAGAUUCCGAAUUUCUGAGGCACCAUGUUUUCCGAGAAGAAGCGAGUCAGUUUAACUUUUGACUUGGGCAACCGGCGACGCUCCUUAUUGUUAGAGAAGCGGAGAGCUGCCUUUCAGAGAUUCCUCAUGAUCCGCAAGAUGCAAAUGCUGCGCUUCCGAUUUCAUUGGCUCGGCGUCAGUUUACGCGACCUGGAAGCCAUUUCCCUCUCGAAGUCGGAUGAUGCUGGGAGAGCUCGAUGUAUCUCGGAAACCGAACGACUGACCAACCGCAGAACCGCUGUCGCAAAAGAACUCAGUGUUUUGGUAUUGGUGCUGGUUUUAGACUGGAUGUACAAUCUGAUGAGCACGCUCCCAUAGGUAGACAUUCGUUAUGAGACUUUCGUGUUGUGUGUGUGUUGACCGUUUGGCUUCUGUUUGUAAUUUUACUGCUGUGCACAUGUAGUCAUGGUGCUCUGAAUUUUGGUAAAUUGAAUAGACUGCAUACUUUUUGUUUCUUGACUGCAUACUUUUACGUACAUACCGUAUGUCCGAAUUACUCGCUCCAUCGUUUAUUCGUUAUGUAUAGGUAACAUCUG